CAGAGAAUGUUUGGUUGAUUAUGAUAUACAUUAUUUGAUAAUGAGACAACUUCAGCAGAGUAAUGAUGAAGAGGUUGUAAAAGAAUGUUUAAUAUAUCUUGUCCUACUUACUAAAGAAGAUGCUGUGAAGAAAUUUUUGUUUGAGUCUGGUUAUUUAAAGAACAGCUUGAUACCAACAAUGGGAAAGUGGUCAGAUAAUGCAGGUUUACAGAUUGCAGGAUUAAAGCUGUUUAUACUUUCAGCUCCAGAUAAAAUGUCAGGGAUUUUGAGUAUUGAUGAGUUUGUUUCAAGAUGGUGUAAGACUGUUUAUGAAGCAAUGUCAAGGCAUUUAGAAGACCCGUCUGUACAGGCUUAUGGGUGUCGUGCUGUGGCUACUAUGAUAGAAAAUAGACAUAAUAGUGUUAUUUGGAUUGGUGAAAACUCUCAGGAAAAAAUAUCACAAGAACCAAUCCAUACCAUGUGUAUGGGAGCACUACUUAUGCAUAGGAAAGAUCCAAAAGUUUUUGUAGCAGCAUGUAAUACCAUCUACUGGCUAGCAGCAGAUAACGAGCGACUUUGCAGUAAUUUAAUGGACAAGAAUGUUCACACAGUUGUAAUGGAUGGGUUGAAGCUUCAUAUAAAUUAUCCCAAAGCAACAGAAGCUGGACUUAAAGCCUUGAGAGGUCUUUGUAUAUUUAAUGACAAGAACAAAAGAAGACUGGUGGCUGAUGAAAGAAUUUUCAACAUGAUCAGCAAAAUAUUAGACAAGUUUCCACUAGAAUUGAGAAUUCAGCUUGAAGCUACAAGUACAUUAGCAUGUAUUGCUGAUAUAGAUUCUGUGAGAUACCAGUGUUUCCUAGAAGAUAUACAUAUAAAAGUUAUUCAGUCUUUAGAAAGAUUUGUAGAUAAUGAAACAAUACAAGAGGUUGGAAUUGAAUGCUUGAGUGUCCUUUGUGCUGCAGAAAAUGCUGCAGAAAUGUUAAACAUGGCAGGAGCUACACAACAUGUUAUUACAGUAUUGAAGAAAUACCUUGAUAUGGUUUAUUUACAGAAGAAAGGAUUAAUACUCAUACAGCUGUUAGCUGACAAGAAAAUGUGUAGAGACAUAGAAAUUUGUACUGGUCUAGCUGAUACUUUAUACAAAUCUUUAGUUACACAUUCAGAUAAUAUUGGUGUUUUAAAAGAGGCUUGUGUAGCUCUACAAAUUCUAGCUGAAACCGGAAAACAAAUAUGUGACAGUUUGGUAGAAAGAGGGUGUCAUCAGAUACUGUUUAAUUUACUGGAAUCAGAUGAAGAUGCAGAGAUAAAGGAUUUGAUCUGUGAAUGUUUAUAUGUGAUGGGACUGACACAGGAUUUAAAAUCAAAGAUGUUGUGUAGUUGUACUAAAGGAGUAUUGGUUGGAGCUGAAUGUUUGUUGGAAUUAGGAGCAGAUGUAAAUUACACUGAUGGAGAAACUACACCACUUUGUCAUGCUGUUAUAAAGCAGGAUGAAGAUCUUGUCAGGCUCUUUCUUAAACAUGACAUCAGCAAUCUUCACAAGCCACUGAAGCUGAGUUUAGAGGUUGAACAAGAUACUAUUGUUGCAAAUGUUAUAACUGGUCAUAUAUUGGGCUGUAUAGGUGACAGAUCAGGAAAGCAGGCAUUGUGGAACAAUCUUGGUUUAGAAACAUUAAAGGCAGAUUGGUUGACUGUUGCAUUUGCCAAAUUAGUAAGAAAUGAUUCAGAUUUGAGCAAGCACUUAGCCUACAGAAUAAAAAACAGCCAUGACAGAAAAAAUCAUCGACUUCUUGCAUAUACUAAGAGUGAUUCUGACAUGAUGAAGAUGUUUGGAAGACACAAGUUCUUUAGAUACAAGAUAAAAUCAGAUUCUUCAGUACUUCUAAAGGAAGAUGAAUCUGAAAGUCCAAAUCAAGGAAUAGAAAAGACUGAGCCAGUUAUGAUGAAGAUGGCUAGAUCAAAUUCUGAUGGUAUGCUGAGGUUGAAGGGAAAACAGUUGCCUGCUUUUAGUCAAUUGUCACCUAUAGUUAGCCCCAGAACCAGCAUAGAGUGGUUGGAUCGUAACUUAAAGGAAGAAUUGGAAUUAAAUGAAAAUUCCAGUGAAGUUGUAUAUCCCGUAUUUGAAUCCUCUGAACAAGAAGCAGAUGAAUGGAAAUACACAACUCUGACUGGAGCCAAUGUUCCAUACAACCCAGCUGAUCCUAGACAUAAAGGAUCCACAGAAAAGCUAUAUGUUCCAGAGAAAAUUAAUGUACCAUGGUCUAGAAAAUCCAGAAGUCCUUCACCAAGAACUGGUAUGAGUAGGAAUAAUUCCUAUGAACAGUUAGAUCUCAUUGGUGUAGAUUCUAAACUGCCUUACCAACCUUUAGUCAGAAAUGAAAGUGAUUUGAAUGACAAUAGUCUUGUAAGAAGAAUCAAUGAAUGUCUUGAUGGUAGCCGAAACUCAAGCAUAGACUCUCUAUUCUCAGAUAAUGAAUCUAGAAGAUCAACUGUAGUACUAAAUAAUAACAUUGAGGUUGUUUUACUGGACGUUUCUAGUAAUAAAAUCAGUGAUAUACAAAAUCUAGCAGACUGUGACAAAGAAUUCUGGGCCAAAUUUACAUGUCUGCAGAAGAUAAACAUGAGUUAUAACAAACUACAAACACUACCAGAGGAGUUAUUUAAGAACUUGCCAACCUUGAAACAGUUUGAAGCAAAGUCCAACAAAAUCACAAAAAUUCCCAUGUCUUUGUUGGAAAAUAACUCAUUAAAGCAUUUAGAUCUUUCUGACAACAAGAUCAGCGAAAUUGGUAUGGGUGAUGAUAUGUGGAGAAAUGAAAAUCUAAAAUUCCUAGAUUUGUCAAGUAACAGCAUUACUGAAAUACCAAAGUUGUUUUGUCAGCGUUUGCCAGCUUUAACACAUUUAUUCUUGAACUGUAAUGAAAUUCGUGAUUUGCCAAAGGAACCUUUGGAGUUGCCUGGUCUUAAAGUGCUAGAGUUGUCUUGUAACUACAUAAAAUCUGUGCCAGAGGACUUCUUACAUGGCAGUUGUAAACUAGAAAUCUUAGAUCUAGAAAACAAUGAAAUAGAAUCUCUACCUAAACAAGGCAUUACAUCCAUGUUACCAAAGUUAAUAAGAUUGAAAUUAAAGAAGAACAAAUUGACAGAAAAGGAGCCACUCUACAUUCCAAAGUUUAUUUUGGAUUUACAAAAUUUAAGGAAACUUGAUCUGAGUGAUAAUAACAUAGUCAGUUUUCCUUCCCCAACUCAAUGGCGAUCUCAGUUCCUUCAAGAAAUAAAACUGUCAAGGAACAAAAUUACAAAGUUGAAUUUAGAAGGAGGAAAAUCAUGGACUAAGUUGGAAACUCUUGCCAUUGAUGGUAAUAAUCUUAGUGAGUUACCAAAGGAAAUAGGACAGUUGACCUCACUGACCUCCCUUGACAUCAGCUACAACAAAUCAUUGAAGACAUUACCAGAUGAAAUGGGAAGAUGCUCAAGGAUGUGGGAAUUUAGAUAUAGAGGGGUGGAAUUACAGUUAGACAGAUCUUUAGUUAAUGGGAGAGUAAAAGACCUUAUAUCAUUUCUACAUAACAAACUUAAAAAGGCUGCAGCAUACUUCAGAAUGAAAGUAAUGGUAGUUGGUUAUGGAGGUAGAGGUAAAUCAACACUACUCCGUGCACUGAUGAAAAUGCCUAAACCAGCAGCUAACAACACACCAACUGUGGGAAUUAUUGUUAAAGACUGGGCAUUUGAAAGAUACAGAAAAGAUAUAGGGAAAAAAGUUUUAUAUACAUUGAGUACAUGGGACUUUGCUGGACAAGAAGAAUUCUAUAGCACACAUCAGUGUUACUUGUCGAAUAAAGCUUUGUAUCUGGUUGUUCUAAGAAUCAACAAAGGUUUAGAAGAAGUUGAAUUGUUAAAGCCAUGGUUAUCAAACAUCUAUGCCAGAGCUCCAGGAUGUCCUGUGAUAGUUGUUGGUACCCAUUAUGAUAAAGUGCAUAGGUCACAUAGGGAAAAGGUUGUAAAGCAGUUCAUAGACCGACUGAAUGAUCUGAAAACAAAACCAGGGUUUCCUGACAUACAGGAAUUUUGUCCAGUGGAUUGUAGCUUGGAAAAAGAUAAUGUGGACUUGGAAAAACUGAGGGAGAAGAUCAAAGAUGUCAUUGAUAAUUACAAGGUGAAGGGUCAGCCAGUAAUGGGACAGAUGGUUCCAGCUAGUUAUGUGAAACUCUCUGACAAGCUUGCAGAAGAGGCCAGAAUACUAUUGAAGAAAUCUUAUCCAAUUAUAUCACACAACCAAUUAUUAAAAAUUGUAAAGCAAUCAUCUAUAGACUUAGAUGAAGAAGAGCUGAUACAGGCCAUCAGGUUCCUGCAUGAGUUUGGAAUUCUGUUGCAUUAUGAAGAUGCCUCACUGCAGUUGAAGGACCUGCAUUUCAUAGACCCAGGUUGGUUAUGUAGAAUGAUGGCCCAAGUUAUUACAGUCAGACAGAUAAAUCCAUUCAUAAAAAAUGGGAUAUUGAGGAAGACAGAUACAAAGAUAUUGUUUACUGGUAAAAAAGUAGACAAAGAUCAGCCAUUUAUAUAUCCACCUGAAUUGAUUCCACAGUAUCUGAAGUUACUAGAAAAAUUUGAGAUUGCAUUGCCACAUUCUGAUACAGAAUUAUUGAUUCCGUGCUAUUUACCUGACAAGAAACCAGUUCUCCAUCUUCCAGCACUACAGAAGCAUGAAAAGAUAUGCCGGUAUUACAUUAUGCCAUAUGUACAACUGGGACUUUGGCCAAGACUUAUUACAAGACUGAUUACAUUCUCAACCAGCUUUUUGACAAAGUUAUCAAGGUCUAAGAUGAAGCUGCUUUUGGAAGUUGAUAAACAGCCUGUGAUUAAUUAUUGGAAGAAAGGAGUAUGUAGUAUCUGGUCAGAAAAUGCCUUCUACUUGGUAGAAUUCCAUAGUAAUGAAAAAGAAGAAAUCCAGGUGACGGUUCCCAAUACAUCAAAUGGAGCAGGAUUACUUGGACUGUUGGUGGAUCAUUUAGAUUCUUUGAUAGAAGAAUGGUACCCUGGACUGACCACUGUGGACCCUUACCUUGGGAGAGAAUUACUAGAGAAACUUGUACCAUGUGUUGAUUGUACAGGACAAAAUAUGAAGCUGUUUAGGUUAGAUGAUCUGCUUCACAAAACAGAGAAUGAAGGAACAUCAGUUUAUUGUGAUGUUCAUGAUGGUAUGGUGAAAAUAGCAGCAUUGGCACCAGAACUUGUUCUCAUGGAUCUGAACCCUGACCUUAUUAUGGACAAUUCACAAUUUGAUUUUGUAGAAAGUGAAGAAAAAAAGCUUGGAGAUGGAGGUUAUGGUGCUGUAUAUAGAGCUACUUACAAAUCUCAGCCUGUUGCAGUGAAAGUAUUUGCAGCCAUUGGUGAUGUCCAUCCCUUAAAGAUGUUACGACAAGAGGCAACAGUUCUAAGAUGUUUAAAACAUCCAAGUGUAGUUUCACUAUUAGCUGUAGGCAUAAGUCCACAUGUAGUUGUCUUAGAACUGGCUAAACACUUGUCUUUGGGAACAGUUCUGAAACAGGAAGGCAAAUUGCAACAAAUAAUGCAACAUAAAAUUGCAUUGCAAGUAGCAGAAGGUUUGUCUUAUCUCCAUCAGAUGAUGAUAGUGUACAGAGAUAUGAAGCCAGAUAAUGUUCUUAUCUUUAGUAAAGAUCCUAAAUCUUUAAUCAAUGCUAAAAUAUCUGACUAUGGAAUAUCCAGAUUUUCUAUGUUAGAUGGACUGAUGUUACAAGAAGGUACACUGGCCUACAGAGCCCCUGAAGUGAUCAGAGGGGAAACUUAUUCAUUUAAGGCUGAUGUGUUCUCGUAUGGUAUAACACUUUAUUCUUUAUUGACCAACGGUAAACAUCCAUUUAGUGAAUUUGAAUGUAAAGGUGAAAUGGACAAAGCUAUAUCUGAGGGUCAGUCAAUUCAUCCAAUCACAGAGAAGGAUGUUCCUCCGUGGCCAGGUAUGCAGGCAUUGUUGUUGGAUUGUCUUCACCAAGGACCAGACCAAAGACCAGAAUCUUCAGCAAUCUGUGAAAGACUUAGAGAUCCAGAAGUUUUAAAUCUAAAACAGAGAAUUCCAGUAACUAAAGGACUUAGUGUAGAAUGUCUUACAGUUCAGAAAUUAGAUGAAGGCAAAGUAUGUUUAUGGGCUGCUAGUGGCAACAGUGAAUGUGUUCAGCUAUCUAGACUUGAUCUACAGCUACAAACGUUAAUGGAAACAAAGGGUGCAAUAUUUACACAUGGCAGAAUUCUGUGUUUACUGGCAUUGAAAGAGAACUGUUUACUCAUCGGCACAGAAGAGUGUAGAAUAUGGAUUUACAAUACACUUACACUGGAAUGUAAACGUAGUACUACACUACUGACUGAUGCAGUUCUGUGUAUGAGACACAUACCAGGUUCUAAGGAUGAUUUGGUAUUUGUUGGUUUAGCAAAUGGAACUAUAGCUGUAUUUUUAGUUUCUGAUCUGAUUCAUGAAGAAAAAGCCAUACCAAUGUGUUUGACCCCUGGUAAUGCUAAGGAAGUUGUUCGGUGUAUGGAGGUAUCACAGAGAGAUAAACAUUUGUAUGUCAGUUGUGGGUCUCGUGUGUUGAUACUUAGGACCAGAUCAAGUAUAGGUGUGGAAAAGAAGAUAGAUACUGCAGAUCCAAAAAGACCAUCACAGAUAAAUAAUAUGGUGUUGGGACAUAAGAAACUGUUUUUAUCCCAUGCUAAAUCUUGUAUUGUACACAUCUACAUUGCAGCAGACCUGAAACCAAGGUCAACAUUGGAUAUCUCCCAGAUCUUUCAACUGAGGAAAGACUUAUCAAGAAUAACAUCUUUAGCUUUGCAAGGCAAUAUAGGUGUACUGUGGAUUGGGACUGGUAGCGGCCAUAUUGGCUUGGUUGAUGUAAAGACAAAAAAUCUUAUUGUAUUAACACACAAAUACACAAACCCUGUGAGGAGUUUGUUGACGGUACACCAUAAAGAACACUCAUUAGUUGUUAGUGGAGCCUUAGGAUUCCACGACAGAGCAGACUCCUACAAAUGUCAUGAUGAAGAUUAUGGUAGCAUAAUUGUAUGGGAUGGAAAUUUCUCUAGAAAUGUAAGGCAACAGCUGAUUGAAAUUAAACAAAGACAACAGUUAGUAGAAAACUAUUUGACACUGUAAUGUUAAGAAGAUGACAACUUCAUCACAACUAGAUACAACCAUCUAACAUUUUAAUGAAAAGACAUAAAUGCUUUUAAGGAACAAUUUAUUUGGAUUCGUAAACUACAGACAUCUUAAGAAAUUGUAAAUAACUUUGGUCAUAUUACAUUUCAGUUAUGAAAUUACAUAGACAUGACAUCUUGAAAAAGAAAUAUUGCUAAUCUAAGAUUUGGUAAUUAUUGAAAGUGGGUCAUCUGAUGAGUUCCAUUAACUUUUAUUAAUUAUGGACAGUUGUCUUACUAUAUAAGAGAUAUCCAAUUGUAUGGAGAAAAUUUUAUAUGACAGGCAGAAAUGUUGUCAACAAUAAUGGGAUGUUAUUGUUCUCAUCUUCUGGUGUGUUUCAUUAAUCAUGCAAAAAAAUUGAUGUAAAAUAUUUCAUGUAAUUGUCCUAGAAGUUUUAAGACUGGUGAAAGCUAGAUAUUCACAAUUAGAUUUUUCAUGAUUUUUUUUUUACCUAGCUCCAGUGAAUUCAAAAUUUAAAUCUUAUGCAGAUUUAAACUGGCUCACAAUGAAAGCCACUGUUUUCUAAUUUCAUGUGUUAAUGAGAAAAUAUUUAUGAUAUUCCAUUGUUAUAUGGUAUAUGCUAUUGCAUCCACUUUUAUAGUUUAAAGGCAUAGUUUUCAGCACAUUUAUUUUGCUAAAUGUGUAAAAAAUGUUGAUAAUAUAUUUACAGUUUAUAAACUAAUUAGAAUGCAGCAAAACACUCGAUCUUUUCAGUAACUGGGACAUGCAGUUGUAUUUCUUGUCUAUUAGUAUCAGCGCAUAAAAAAUACAUGGAUAAUAUGUAAUUGUUGUCCUACAGUAUUUUGGUUCGAACAAAAUGGCCUCAAAGAAGGUGCUUAUUGACUUACUUUGUAAUUUUUUAGUCUUUAUUAGCUGACCUGGCCCAGAGGGCCAAGUGAGCUUUUCUCAUCACUUGGCAUCCAAUGUCGUCGUCCAUCGUCAUCUGUUAACUUUUACAAAAAUCUUCUCCUCUGAAACUACUGGGCCAAAUUUAACCAAAUUAAGCCACAAUCAUCAUUGGGGUAUUUAGUUUAAAAAUGUGUCCGAUGACCCCGCCUGCCAACCAAGAUGGCUGAUAUGGCUAAAAAUAGAACAUAGGGGUAAAAUGCAAGUUUUGUCUAUUAUUUUGAAAACUGUUAUAAAUAGAGAAAAUCUGAACGGGCAGUAAUGUUCAGAAUGUUGAGCUCUACCAAUUGUCAAUUACGUCAAAACUGUCAGACGACUUCUUAAAGGAGUUAUUGCCCUUAAAUGACAAAUUUUAACAUUUUUUUCAUUUUUGCCUUAUUGGAGUUAUUGCCCUUUAUUUAAUAUUUUAACCAUGUUUUUGCGUUUUGCCUUAUAUGAUGAAAAUUAUAAUAGAUAAAUAAGACACUUUAAAUCACAAAAAUGAUCAGCAAGGCAAGAUCUACCAACAAGUCAAAUUUUGCAGAUAUAGUUAGUAGACUGUUACUCUUUCAGUCUUCACAAUAAACUUUUGAAUCUAUUGGCCCAAAGCUGAAUUUUAUGAAAAUUUUAUUUGAUUCUAUUGGCCUGUAGAGAUGAUUUUUACAGGCCCAACAGCAUUUUUACAUGACUGGGCUGGUGGGCCUGUGGUUGAGCGCAAAAGACUGCUAUUUAUAGGAGUGAUUGCCCUUAAAUGAGGAUUUGUUUACCCUCUUUUGUGUUUUGAGCAAAAACUAAAGAAGAUAGAGAGAAACUAAACAGACUAAAUGAUCAGCAAUACAAGAUCAACAAAACAGAGAUUUUUGUCAUGAAUUCUAUUCUCGUCUACAAUGUUGGAGAGUGUCCUAUGUUGAAUAUGCACAUAGACCAAGGUGAGCGACACAGGAGGCUCUUUAGAGCCUCUAGUUGUUAAUUGCCAUGAUGUAUUUUAUUUUUAAAGACCAUGGGACAUAUGCAAUAUUUUAUUUUUAUGAAAUAAUAGUUUUGUCAUAGUAUUUAUUAUAGUAUAUUUUAUUUGAAGUAUGAAUACAGAAUUGAUUUGUACAUUGAAUGAUAAAUCACUGGUUAUAUCAAAGAUGUUUUAUUCAUAUGAAGUCGUGAAAAUGUAUUUUAGAAUUUUUCAUUUAACUGAUGACAAUACAUGAAGUUCCAUUUAUUUUGAUACAUAUCAGACCAAAAUUGUAUAUUCUGUGAUAAUAUAGCUAUGAUGGUUGUACUUGCUGUAUACUGAUAUUGUUAGUAAUGUAUUGUUUUGUAUGUAAUAUUUGAAGAAUGACUUAAUCUGCUGUCUUCUUUCAUUUUUUUAGCAUUUUGCAAUAGCAUAUGUCUUUAAGAUUAAUUUAGAUGUAACACUUCUGAUUACUGUAAAUUCAGAAAUUAUUGCGUGCAUUUAUUAUUGCGAUUUUGUCAUUUCAGACUAAAAUGCGAUUUUGAUUUUUACGAUAUUGAGAAAAUCCUGUUUAAUUCAUAUACAAAAUUUUCAAAUGCAAGUUUAAAUUUUUGCGAUUAUAACCCUGUCGCAUUUUUCGCAAUAAUAAUAAAAACAUCGCAGUAAUUUCUGAAUUUACAGUACUCUGGACACUUGUGUUACAAAGAAGACCAAAUUUUAUGUGCUGUAUACAAUGUAUCAAUUUUCAUCAUUUUAAAUAUAUUCUUAUUACAGGAGCUAUUGAAGAAUACUAGGUUUUGGAAUGUGUAUUUCUCAGAUGAAACAGUUCAACAGAUCCCACUUUAUCUAAUAUCUUUUUCCAUCGGGAAAACUUUUACUUUUUGACUGCAAUACUUAUUUUUUUAAUAGCAACAUUCUGAAUACAUCAGCACCAAAAAAUUAUUGAUGGUAGUGUGGUUUAUUAUUUCUGUGCAAGAGUGGUUUGGAAAAGACUUUAAAAAUUUAAUAUUAUAGUAUUAUGAAUAAAAAAGAUAUGUCAGAACAGUAACUCAACAACACAAGAAACAUUUAGAGGUUGACGUAAUCUUCAUGAAACAUUGUUGUAAACAUUUCAAACCACUUAAGUGGUAGACCUCCCUCUCAAGAAAUUCUUUUAGUGGAAGAUUUACUAGCAGAGGGAGAUUUCCAUUUCUUUUUAGGAAUAUCCAAUGUAUCCUAUUAAUAUCUGCCGAGUUGACACCUGUGAACAAAAGAAAUAUGUCUUCACCAUAUGAUAUUUCAAGCACUAAAUUACCCUUUGUCAAGAGUCAAGAUUAGUUGUGAAAAAAUUACUGUGUCUCUUCCCUAAGAUGAUUUUCAGUAUAAUAAGAUAUCAAGUUUCCAUCUUACAUGACCAUCUUGGCAUACUUUUAAGGAUGUUUUGGUUUUUUUUUCACUUUUGAAAACAUUGAGUCGUGUUUUAGUGUAGGUCUUGUUCUAUGACAAUUUUAGAUGGCAUACAUUUAGUCACUUCCAUAAAAUUUCAAUUGAAAUUUCCAAUAUUUUAUAAGGCAGUUGGUUCAAAGACCAUUCACCUGUAAAAUUUGAUUAAAGUGAAAUCCUAUCUACCAGAAAAUUUAUUUCUGUAAAUAAGAUACGUUACUUAAUAAAAAAUUGAAUAUUUUAUUGUAAAAUAUGAUUGACAUACAUGUGUUAAUGCCUCCCUCUUAUUUUCAGGAAAGUCUUCCUUUUUGAAACUCAAUCUCUUGACAGAAUAGACAUACAUGAAGGGGUUCAAAAAGAAAGUCUGACCAAUUUUAAUACAUAUCAAGGAAACUAGUCUGUGAUUAUAUAUUUAAUGAUUGAAUGAUUGAUUGUGAAAAUUAUUGUUAUAUAUCUCUGUUAAUAAUUAACAUUAAUUUAUUAUUGUUAUUAAUUGUUAGGAUAAAUAAUUAAAUACUUUUAUGGGU